AAAUAUCGCCCAUAAAUUCCGAUUUUUCAAUCCAGUGGGGGAAGUUGGGGUUGGUGACGCAGCGACCCCUUACCAACAUUUCACCGAUAAAUACCCCUUACAGAUCGCAUUUCCAACUACCACUGCCUCCUUUCCUCCUUUUCCUCUAUUCGGCCACUCUCGCCUCGUGCCAACCCCCUCUUGGAUCUCUUCAAUGGCUUACGAAGGAAUCCUCCUGGGCAUGGGCAACCCCCUUCUCGACAUUUCUUCUGUCGUCGACGAAGAAUUCCUUCAAAGAUAUGACAUCAAGUUGAAUAAUGCUAUUCUUGCUGAGGACAAACACUUGCCCAUGUACGAUGAAAUGGCUAGCAAGUAUAAUGUGGAGUAUAUUGCUGGAGGUGCUACUCAAAAUUCGAUUAGAGUUUGCCAGUGGAUGCUUCAAAUCCCUGGAGCAACAAGCUAUAUGGGAUGCAUUGGAAAGGACAAGUUUGGGGAGGAAAUGAAGAAAAACUCAAAACUUGCUGGUGUUAACGUUCACUAUCGUGAGGAUGAGACUGCACCAACUGGUACAUGUGCAGUUUGCGUUGUUGGUGGUGAGAGGUCACUCAUUGCCAACUUAUCGGCUGCAAAUUGCUACAAGUCUGAACACUUGAAGAGGCCUGAAAACUGGGCAUUAGUUGAAAAGGCCAAAUAUUUCUAUAUUGCUGGUUUUUUCCUGACUGUGUCCCCUGAAUCAAUUCUACUCGUAGCUGAACAUGCAGCUGCAAACAAUAAGGUCUUCAUGAUGAACCUUUCUGCUCCAUUCAUCUGUGAAUUCUUCAAGGAUCAACAGGAGAAAGCUCUACCGUACAUGGAUUAUGUAUUUGGGAAUGAAACGGAAGCAAGAACCUUUUCCAGGGUUCAUGGCUGGGAGACUGAUAACGUUGAGGAGAUUGCAAUAAAAAUAUCUCAAUGGCCAAAAGCAUCAGGGACACACAAGAGAAUUACUGUGAUCACUCAAGGUGCAGAUCCUGUUGUAGUUGCAGAGGAUGGAAAAGUGAAGUCAUUCCCUGUGAUCUUGCUGCCCAAGGAGAAGCUGGUUGAUACCAAUGGAGCAGGGGAUGCAUUCGUUGGAGGUUUUUUGUCUCAGUUGGUUCAAGAGAAGCCUAUUGAAGAAUGUGUGAGAGCUGGUUGCUAUGCUUCACAUGUUAUAAUCCAAAGGUCUGGCUGCACCUACCCAGAGAAGCCCGACUUCAGUUAGAAUUAUCUCUCACCCGGGAUCUUCUCCAUUUCACAAGUAAUAAUAGUAGAGUUAUUUUUCCUGUGGCGGGUUCUACUCCCUGCCCAAUGAUCAUGCAUCGUGCAUUAUUAGCUCCUGGAUCCAUUUAUUGGGUGUAGGUUGCUUUUGUUUUCCUGAAUUUUUACUUUGUACUCAUUCCGAGUUUUCAUAUAAAUCCUCUAUAAAUUGGUUGAGUUAUUUCCUUG